UCGGAAUACUACACAGUUCCAAUCCAUGUGCUUGCCCCGAUGCCGGUUUAACUUCUAACCUAGGCAUUGCCUUCAGUGCUAAAUCACGGCUGGUGGGCCCGGCCUAUCACCGAGAUCCACGAGCCGAAGCCACCCCAGCUAGACCUCGGCUCGUCCGUCAGUCAGCUUUCAUAAUCGCAUCUCGACAUCUCUCAGCUGCAUCGCGCUCAGCAUGCAGUCUUGACACACGACCGAUUCCACAUCCACAGAUUCAACACUCAAUGCCGCCUCCAUGAACGACUCGAGCUUCGUCCAAGCCCAACAGCGCGUCGCUGAGCGACGAGCGGCCCGCGAAGCCGAACAACGAGCCCGAAUCGCGGCUCAGCGCGAAUCGUCUCGCGUGAACAACCAGCUGCAGCGUCUACCAUACCCCCUCAAUCGCCUCGCCGGUGUCUGGGAUGCAGCCGCGUCUAUAGAGAGCACCCGGCCUGCGUUCCGCGUUGCGCAGGUUGAUGCCGAGCUCCUGGAUGAAGAGCUGCUGGAGCUCCUCAAGGGGCAGGUUGGCGACGCCCUCAGAUACUAUGCCGGCGGCCAUCUCAAAGACGACUGGUCUUCCGAGAUUCAGCUGGCGCUGAGGGCCAUCCUGUUCAAACUGACAGUCUGGGAUAACGAUGCAACGUACGGAGCGGCUUUACAAAACCUCAAAUACACCGACGCCAGAAAAGGGGGCCCCGUGCUGUCACCCCCGACGAGGCUACAAAAGUCACUAUACGGCCUGGUAACGGUCUUUGGAAAAUAUGCCUGGACCAGGUGGGAGGACUGGCUCGUGGACCAGGACGAUGGAUACAGCGACCCUAGCCCUCGAGUCCAGAGGCUAUCUCGAUUAACAACCGCACUGACAACGGCGCACUCGGCUGCGGCAUGCGUCUCCUUCCUGGUGUUCCUAUUCCGCGGACAGUAUCGCACACUUCUCGACCGUGUUCUACGCAUGCGGCUGGCACCUCCUACAAGCCAUGUCAGCCGCGAGGUUUCCUUUGAAUACCUCAACCGACAGCUGGUGUGGCAUGCUUUUACCGAAUUCCUUCUAUUCGUACUGCCCCUGAUUGGGGUCAACCGCUGGCGACGAUGGUUGAGCCGCACCUGGCGAAAAACAAAAGACAUCAUGAACACAUCUCAAAAGGGUGAUUCUUCAAACGGCGAGCUCGGCUUCUUGCCCGAGAGAACCUGUGCCAUCUGCUAUCAGGAUCAGAACGCCGCCGCAUCAUCCGAGUCGGAAAUCAUGGCAGCGGCAGCAUCUAGCGGCGUCAUUGGGUCAGCGCAAACGGACGUUACCAAUCCCUACGAGGCCAUUCCAUGCGGGUGCAUCUACUGUUUUGUGUGUAUCGCAACACGCUUAGACCGUGAAGAAGGUGAGGGCUGGACUUGUCUAAGGUGUGGAGAGCACGUCAAAGAAUGCAAGCCGUGGAAUGGAGAUGUGCUCGAGCCGUCCCGCAAGUCAACAUCGACAAAGACAGUGGCAUUUUCAGACGAUGUGAUUGGAGGUUCUGACGACGGAUCUGUCAUUUCUAUGGAAUAAGCCCGUCGGGGCUGAGGUGCUGAGGUGAGACGCUGAGAGUCAUGAAGGCAUAGAGCUUCUAUAUCAUGCCACGUCUUUAUUGGAUAGAGGAAAGACUUGGUCUGCGACUAUUUAUCUAAAAGGGUGUGCAUCUGUUUUUGGGAUUAUUUUGUAUUGUAUAACAUGAUGUGUUGGGUUGAUGGGACAUACAUUUUUUAGUUGGAAAGUUUGGUAACUGGGCGUGGCGCCUUAGAGAAUUUGGACAUAUUUACAGCGUUAUUACUGCUUGCUUCGCUAUGUUCAUGAACCAACUGCCUUGGGCAAUAGGAUUAAUACCUUCAUUCAUAAUAGACAAGGUGGGAAAACAUAGAAUGUUAAUUAAUUAACGAGAGAGUAGCGUGAUGCACGG